CUAAACCCAUGACCCAUCCAUUCUCAUAGAGUGAUAGUGAUGGCUGCUUCAAGCUGUCUCUUGAGGGUGGAAGAGAUAGGAGGCAAAGGAAGAGGUGUUGUUGCAGCACAGCCCCUCAAAGCAGGCCAAACACUCCUCACUGAGUCCCCUCUCAUUGUCUAUUCAGCUUCUCCUCUCUUCUCUUCUCCACCCUUCAAACACUGUCACCACUGCUUCACAAUCAUACCCUCUCACACCAUUAAUCCCCCAUCAUGCCCCUCUUGCUCCCACCACCUUUUCUGCUCCCAAACAUGCCUCAACUCAUCCUCACACUCCCCAUGGGCCUGCAAGGCCCUCACAUCUCUCACCAACUCAACACCCCUCCAACAACAGCCCCAAGAACGCCAAGUCCAGGCCCGUUUCGUUGUAGCGGCCCACGACCUUCUCCUCCACACCCCCUCUCACAUCAACAUGUUGCUCUCUCUCCAAGGCACGCCCGAUGCAGCAAUCAUCGACGCUGCCAACUUUCUCCACUCUCUCAUCUCACCCCUCUUCCCACCCCACUCCCAACUUUCCGCGGAUCUCGUCGCACAACUCAUGGCAAAGGACAGGCUCAACUCCUUUUGCUUAAUGCACCCCUAUUCCCCCCAUGGGCCUCAGAGAUCCAUCAAGGCCUACACCGUUUACGCCAAAGCCUCUCUCUUUAACCAUAGCUGUCUUCCUAAUGCAUGCAGGUUUGACUACGUGGACACGAGCGAGGAACACAACACUGACAUCGUUGUUCGGUUGGUCGAGGAUGUUCCUGAGGGCAAAGAGGUUUGCAUCAGCUAUAUCAGAGUUGGGAGGGACUACUGUACCAGGAAAAGGAUCUUGAUGGAGGAUUAUGGAUUUACCUGUGAAUGUGAUAGGUGUAAGAUUGAAGCCAGUUGGGGUAGCCAAGGGGAGAAAGAGAACAAUGAUUUACCACACGUGCGCUUCCUUCGUAAGCAUGUUUGUGAGAAGGAGAAUUGUGCUGGCACUAUGGCUCCACUGCCUCCACCAUCUCAUGUUUUGGAGUGUAACUUCUGUGGUAAUUUCAAGACUCACUGUGAUACACCUUAGUUUUUUAUUUUGUUUUUUAUUGAGCUGGAUCACGUAGUGUCAGCUGCCAGCUGAAAAUAAUAUUAAUCUGUUAUAAUGCUUAGUUUUUUACACAAAUGAAUGGACUUAUUACAGAUCAGUUAUUGUCUUUUAAUAUUUGGAAAACUGAAGAGUCUUCACAUUUUGGUAGAAAUAUGUUGUGGUUAGUGGACUAGUAGUGGUUUGGUUUCUCGUGUUUGAGUCCUGUCUACAGAAAGGGACAUGUUGUAGUUCUUUAUUUUAUUUUGAUUAUGAGAGAAUCCUUGCAUGUGAUGAUUUCUUGUUU